AUGUCGGAAGCUAACAAAGCGGCCAAUUCGAAAAAGACCAAGUCUCCAACUCCUCACGCAGUGAGUCGAGAAAUGGAUGCAAGAACUGCCAAGAUUGAAGAAAUGAUGGAAAACUGUAAAAUCUCUCUUGAUGGACUCAUUGAACGUGAUGACAAGACGAGAAAGGAAAACGAAUUCGGCAAAAUCAAAGAAUUGAAUGAACGUACGAUGAAAGAAAAAUUGAAUAUGUCUGCGAAUGAGUUGAAGUUCUGUAAUGAGCUUUACGGCAAACUGUCGAAGUUUUACACAGGAAAAGAACCUAACGGAGAAGAUGAAGGCCAGCAGGGUAAUCGGAGUGAUCCAAAUACGCCUCCUGUCGAGGAUGAUGCAAACGUUGGAGCUGACCACACCGCUGUCACAACGACUGUCAACUUGAACAAAAAGGAUGCUAAGGCUUCAUCUUUCGCUUCAUUCGGGAAAGAUAAAUGGCUAAGAACUGAGGGAAUUAAGAUAGCAAAAGAACAAUUAGUUGCUAAACCUCGUAAGAAGGCUCGCAGAUCUUCACGGAAGCGUAAGUUUUCAUCGCCACCCAUGAAACGUAGCUCCGCAUCGAAGAAAAAACCUGCGACAGGUCCUGGAGAAGUGAAGUCGAGGAAGAACUCUUCGGAAAAUCAUUCGGACAAAAACGAAUGCUCCUUGGUCCAUGAAAUCGAAGAAUCCAUGGACCAAGGAGCUGAAAUGUCGAAGGAGGAUAGUCAUUCGGAUAGUUCUUCGGACGAAAACGAACCCGAAUUCAAAAGUCCAAAGCUGUCACAUGCGCCAAAGAAAGAACAGAAGCGUUCAGAGAGCUUCGGGAAGGGUAACCAUGGAAUGGAACAAUCCGAGGGCCAAGGAACUGAGACGUCAGACGAGGACAGUCAUUCGGAUAGUUCGUCAGACGAAGAAGGAAACGAGCCCAAAUUCGGGAGCCCAAAGCAGUCACGUACACCCAAGAAGGAGCAGGAGCGUUCGGAAAACUUAGCGAUAGUGAGAAGACGCCUUUCGUACGAUUCGCUGGAUGAGAUGGAGUGCGAAGGUCAACGUUCGAAGACUGUAGAGAAAAGGAAAAGAAGAGUAAGAUUUGCGGAUGAAACUUCGGAUGAGAACGAAGACGAAGUUUCACAGCAAUCUCCAAUCCGUAGAGUUGGACGUGCAAAGAUUCCAAGAUUAACUGUGAGAAGACCUUCUUCGGAGUCACCCCGCAGACACGAUCGUAGAUACUGCCCGCAGACACCCUCAAAACAGUUGGAGACUGCUGGAAGGAAAGGUGGAAUUCUCCGCAAUGAUUUGUCGGACACACGCGAACAUGGACAUUCACUGCAAUCUCCUCCUCCGCGAAACGUACAUUUCAAAGUUUCAGAUGUUUCGAACGGGAAGGAAAUCUCUACCGAGGAUUCCCCACGCCAACGCGAUCAUGGGCCAACUCCUGAACGGUAUGGAAGUACUGGAAAGACAAGAGCAUUUCACCGAGAUGAUUCACCGGACGUACGUGAACGUGGAUAUGCAUUGCGAUCACCUUCUCUAGGAAGUGGACAGAAGUUUUCAAACGGAGAGGAAAACUCUUCGGAGGGUACUCCCCGUCAACACAAUCGUGGAUACUCCUCACCGUUGUCCCCUAUCCGUGAAAGAACUGAGAGAGUUGCUAGGGUAAGACCAUUCUACCGGGUUGUCACUGAAGACGAUCUCGAGGAUUUCGAGAGCAAAUGCCGUCGGCUGAUGUUAAUCCAAGAAGAGAUCAAGAGUGUUAAGCAGCAAAUGCUUUUGGGCGAAGAUGAGGGUGAAACUUACAUCAGAGGCAGACAGCCGUCACCAUUCAAAAAACGGCUCGAGCGUGCUAAAUUAGAGUUCAAAUCCGAAUGGAAUAAAUUAGAAUUCGAUGAAAAGCACAAGCUUAAUCAGUAUAUGAAGUAUGAUUAUUCAAUCAGUGAAUUCGUAUUGGAAUAUCCAAUGCCAUGGCAAGUUCGUCGCUUCGGACGUUCACAGAAUCCGAGAACUAGAAAGGCAGACGAUGAGGAAAUGGAGGUGGACCUUAGUUCGCCACCCGCAAAAGUUCGUAGGACCCGUGCCGCUGCUGAAAGACCCAGGGCUGUCCCGAGGAACAUUGAAGCAUUAUUUGAAGUGCCCGAGGCUAUCCAGAAAAUUAUUGAAGUUACCCCUGUCAAACGUGGAAAUCGUGGAAAUAGGGAGGUGCUGCUGUUGCGAANCCAGCCAGCGAACAUUGAAGUUACACCUGACAACCGUGGAAAUCGAGGAAAUGGAGAGGUCAACAGAAUGGAUGAGCCCGAUUCGGCACAAGAAGUCAAUUCUGAUCGUGCUGCUGUUGUGAAUGCUCAAACACCGAGAACUUUGGCUAGAGUCCAGCCAGCGAUUUAUGAAGUGAAUCCGGACAAUGAGAUAUACUGCUACUGCCGUUCAGGAUCUAACGGCAUGAUGAUCGCAUGCGAUGGCGAAGCGUGCAAAUACGGUGGCUGGCUUCAUUUUCGUUGUUUUCCAUUGUAUACGUUUAUCUAUAUUGAUCGUAAGCUUCCUCCGUUCAUGGUUAUAGAUGCGCGGAAAUGGUACUGUACCGGCUGCAGACCGCACUACAACGAUACUGGAGCGGAACACGUCAUAAAAAUCGAACCUGACGACGACGAUGAAUAUGGUGCAGGGCCUUCGAAUGAACCACAGAAUCAAGGUAAAGGUGUGCAGAAACAAACUGCAACACCUUUUCCAAAGGCGAAGUAG